AUGGAGAUCGAGGAUAUCAUCAACAAAGUCCGCUUCACGAGCUCAGAGAAUGAGACCGAUCGACCACGAUCACUGCGAGAAAGCACCGAUACCAGCAUAAUCUCAGAGUCAAGAUCCGCUCCAGAGUCCAUUUCUCCAUGCCUGGAGAACUUCAGCUCCGAUGACUACGGAACAUAUGAUGUCGUUGUGUCGCAUUCAGGCCCUUGCAGACGCCAAAAACAGGCUCAGGUCAAUGAAGAAGUGCAACACUGGGAGCACGGCCCUCCCAAAAAGCGACGAGCCAUGACGAAGUCAGAGACCUACGAUUCGCAGGAGCUACCCAAGCCAAGGCCUCCCCAGCAGCCGCAGCAGCAAAUGCCCGUUUCAUAUGGACAUGCUAUGCAACCAAUGUACUAUCCAGCAUAUAUGGUCGUGCCCAUGCCCGUGCACAUGCCGCCUGCCACCCAUAUGGCUCCCCAUCCAGGCAGCUUCAGUGUGUCGCAGAGACGGCACUAUCCGCCGGAGCCACAACAACGAACCUACAAGGAGGCGAAGCACUCACCGAAACCACAUCCACGCGGAGUCAGAUUGCCACCCUUGCCAGAACGGCUUCGACGCACGCAGACCACCAGCAAUCGGAAGCCUUUGCAGCUGAAAGAGAAGAAGACAAGGGUUAGGGCUCCUCCUGUAGUGCACGCGUACGAUCAUCUCAGUGUCGAGGAAGCAAUCCAGGAGCUUGCACAACGUAACAUCCACAUCACCGAUAUGGCACAAAUCGAUAUCAGCAAGGCCAAUCUGGUCAGACUCUUGCAACGAGCAGAUCGGAACAACAACAGAGGCAAUGGUAACCCAAGUGAACGUGAGCUGACGAGUACCCCGGCGUGA